GUAAUAAUUAUGUGAAAUAAGUUUUCAUUUACAUGCCAUUAAUUGCAAAACUGUAAAUCAUAUCCAUAGCAAAAUAUUUUUGAGUGGUGAUAGUGGAUUUUUUUGUUUUACAUUGUUUUACAAAAAAUUAAAAAUGUUUACUGUAAUUUGAAAAGGAAAAAAAUAUACUGAAAAAAACAACAACAACAAAAAAAAAAACAAUAACAAAGCUUCUACCAAGUACUACCACUUCUGUUCUAAAUGACACAAAGGUGUUAAAAAUCCGCUUUUCAAUGCGAAAUGAGCUCAAAAUCAACAAAUUCUUAACUUUUCCCAUUCACUCUCUAUGGCUUUUAUCACUACGGAUGUAAUAUAUUUUUGGCAACAAGGGUGUCGCUGUUUCCACUCUACUGGCAACGGUAAGGAGACAGUAGAGCAUUGGUGGGAAAACAACAAUACAGUUUACAGUCGAAACGUUUUCUUUCGCGGUGGUUUAACGAUGUUUCACCGUCUCUCGCAUGUCAAAAAGUAAAACGUAAAUGGGACCAGUUUUUACAAUUUUACCUAACAGAGGACACGACUAGUAGAGGCAGGGAUUCAUCAGUAGUAGAGGCGCCCGCCGCUAGAGGAGGAAGAAGAGGAAGAGAGUAAGAAACAUUUCAUGACGUAGAAAUACAGCGCCACAGCAGUUAGAACCCCAGCUAGCCUCGUUAGCCGGUUAGCCUGCUUUCGGAUAGAAGAUUAUUGACAACUUCCUGGCUCAUGUUGGCGGGUGUUUUAUCUGGUUAGAUGGUCCAGCGGCCGUCCCGGUGCCCAGUAGUACUUUGGUUUUGUUUCAAAAGGUAGUCGUCAUGUCAGAGGAGGAGGAUUUAUCACCAAACCUUCUGACACAGGGGAUAAUAAACGGCAAUAGCGACUUCGUAGCUCCAGAGGGUUUAUGCUGGGUGUCAGUGCUGUCCUGUCUGUUGCUCGCUUGUUCUUAUGUCGGCAGUUUGUACGUGUGGAGGAGUGACCUGCCGAGGGAUCACCCUACUGUGAUAAAAAGACGCUUCACCAGUGUCCUGAUCGUGUCGGGACUGUCACCUCUCUUUGUGUGGGCAUGGAGAGAAUUCACCAGUGUCAGGACUGGUCCGUCAUUACUGGCUCUUAUGGGCAUCCGGUUUGAGGGCCUUAUUCCCGCCAUCAUAUUUCCUCUGGUGCUCACAAUGGUCCUGUUUCUGGGUCCCCUCAUGCAGUUGGCCAUGGACUGUCCCUGGAGCUUCAUGGAUGGGAUCAGGGUAGCCUUUGACCCGUGGUUCUGGAUGUUGUGUUUCAGUGACAUGCGCUGGUUGAGAAAUCAGGUGGUAGCACCGUUAACAGAGGAGCUGGUAUUCAGGGCCUGCAUGCUGCCCAUGUUGGUGCCCUGUGCUGGCCCUUCAAUUGCCAUCUUCACCUGCCCUCUCUUCUUCGGAGUGGCUCACUUCCACCACGUGAUUGAGCUGCUGCGGUUCAGACAGGGGACGCUGUCGGGGAUCUUCCUCUCUGCAGUGUUCCAGUUCUCCUACACAGCAGUGUUUGGGGCCUACACUGCUUUUAUCUUCAUCAGAACAGGUCACCUGAUGGGCCCAGUCCUCUGCCACUCCUUCUGUAACUACAUGGGUUUCCCUGCCAUCAGCACAGCCCUGGAGCACCCGCAACGCCUCACCGUCCUCUCCUCCUACCUGCUUGGGGUCAUCCUCUUCCUCCUCUUCCUCUUUCCCUUCACUGACCCUUCCUACUAUGGCCUCCCCACACCAGUCUGCACCCUCACUUCCUCUCCCAGCUCCCUCUGCCUCUCCUGAUCCCCCCCCCCCACACACACACACUUGAAGCAGUCGAGGGUGUUUUUGCCAAGUUAGAGAUCAGGUCAGGUCCAGUUUGGACCGACAGCGCGAACAGCCAUGUGAGCUAUGUUGCCAUGGAGAGGUGAGGAACUCUGUAGCCAUUUUCUAUGGUCUAUGAACCCUCAUUUUGUCAAGACAUUUACAUGACAUGUUUCAGUGAAUCAGCUGAAGCUCUUACACAGAAUGACCCAGUUUGCAUGGGUGUGAUUCAUGUUGAUGUGAGUGAACUCAAGACUGUCCACUCUCAAGGACAGCUUCUGUAAUUGCUGGGCUACGCUGCCACCCUGAAAUGUGAUUGUAGUGUAGAUAUACGCAACACUGAAGGACAGUUCCUCUUCAGAUCCUUGUAUGCUGGUAGAUCUCAUCAAUGAGAUAAAGCAUCAUAAUGUACCAUUUUGGUGUACUCACUUUCUACUCAGUCUGCCUCGUCUUUUUAAGGGAUAUUUUUGGUUUAUUUUAAUUUGGGUUUUAUUUUUGUAGUUUUAGGCCAUCAUUCAGCCAUUGGCUUUAAUAUCUUGGUAUUGGCCAACAGUUGGGCUCAAAGUAUUAUCAGAAUUUCAGGUGGGCUCACUUUCCAUUUUUCCACUUCAAAUGAAGUGGCUUAGAUAAUCCAGACAAACUGUUGGUUUGUCUGAUUGGCUGACUGUGAUUCUUUCCCCUCAUAACUAGUAGUAUGAUGGCCAAAACUAUGAAAAUAAGAGUUUUUUUCCUGACUAGUCUUGACAAAGUACUAGCUUUCAGGUCAGGUUAGGGACAUUUUGUUGUGUAAAGUUUUGGGUUUAGGUACAUUAUGGGUUAUUUUCAAAUAUCAAUUUUUGCAUUAGCUUGGCACACUAAUAGGCAGUAAGAAAUAAAGUAAUGAAAAAAUAGCUUCGAGCCUCAGUUGGAUCUAGAAAACGUGGGUACUGGCUGGGUUUGGUUACCACUCCUGUUGUAAUAAUCCCAGAGCUCUGCUUUCUGCAGGGGUUGUUGGAGAAGUAGUUUUUCCAGUGAAGACAAUAAGAGUCAGAACCCUUACCACAAACUCAACAUGUCUUAUGGCUGCACCGCAUUCUAGUCUAUAGAGGCUAAUGGAGAUGUCAAGAUUGUUCUGUGGGAGAUAGCCCUGCUGUAGCUGGAGCACAGGGAUGCUGGUAUCAUGUGGAGGUAGUAAAAAGACACUGUUAGGAUAAAAUGGUUGCAGGAAUGCAAUAUACAUCACAAAUAGUUGAUUUUAAUGGUAUGUUUUUAACAGUGACAUUAUUCUUCUCUAUCAGAUUUCAGACUCCACUUUUCUGUUGUAGAGAAUCGUUCUGCUUCAAUUGGACAUUGUUUAGUGUGUCAGGACAUAUAUAUAUAUAUAUAUAUACCUCUGCGUGUUUCAUUGCUGGUAGUUUGUUGUUUUGUUGUUGAUAUAACUUAUGAGGGGGUCACUGUUCCUAAUGUCUGAAACAUACUCUAUGCAAGUGCACAAGUGCAAAUGAUAAACUCUUUAUAGAGACUGCUGUGACAGCUGUGAAGAACCAAACAGGAGCACAAAUCAAAGCAUGCCUCGUAGUGACACUUCAAGCUAAAGCUCACACUUGGGUCAUGCUAAGGUCCUGGUCACACCAGCAUUUUCAUGAUUGGGUUGUGAAGCGAAGUCAGUAUGUGCACAGCUUUCACAUAGACUUAGGCCAUAUAACCCAGCCCUAAAUUCACACCCUUCAUCAGUUGCAAACCUGUUUGCUGGCACUGAUCUUUGAGUACAGCUGAAUUACCAACUGGGCAAAGCAGGCAACUGCUCUGGGACCCUGAAAGCCCCCAAGUCCAUGGUGUCAAUUUGUCUUAUGUGAUCUGAAUAA